AUGCUCUCCAUGCCCUGGUGUCCCUCACGGAUCCAGAACCUCUCCAAGGUGACUGAGCGUCCCCUGGGUGCCCAGACCACCCAGAUCCUCCUGGAUCCCCCCUGGCGGCCGGCGGUGCUGUGGGACCGGGUGACACUGACCUGCCGGGGCUCGGGGACCGCCGGUGCCACCACCUGGUACAAGGACAGGCAGAGCUGGUGGCAGGAGGGCGACCACUUCACUGUCACCAAGAGUGGCACCUAUGCAUGUGACAGAGCCAGCACAGGGCGCAGCCCCCCCGUGAGAGUCUUAAAUGAUGAUCUGGUGCUGCAGGUGCCAGCAUGGGAGCUGCUGGAGGGGGACACGGUGACACUGCGCUGCCGGGGCCGGUGGAACCGCCCGGUCACCGAGGUGCGAUUUUACCAGGACGAGAAGGAUCUGGGGGGGUCCCUGAAUGGGCCCGAGCUGUCCCUGUCCCCUCUGCAGCUGAAACACAGGGGCAGCUACCACUGCAGGGGCUUGGUGGGGACCAGGACGUCACGGUCAGCAGCAGUGACAGUGACAGUGCAGGAGCUCUUCUCGGUGCCGGUGCUCGAGGGUCCCCCCGAGCCCACCCUGGGGUCCCCCCUGACUCUCAGCUGCCUCAGCACCCCCAGCCCCCUGCGGCCCCGAGCCCCCCUCCUGUACGUGUUCUACCGGGACGGGCAGGAGCUGGGGGUCCCGCAGGGGUCCCCGCAGCUGCUGGUGCCCGCCGUGGGGGUCUCCCACUCGGGGAAUUACAGCUGCCAGGUGCGCUCCGAGGGGGGGAGCGUGAGGAAGAGCAGCGCCCGGCUCCGGGUCACGGUGCGCAUGCCCGUGGCCAAUGCCACCAUCACCCCCGGUCCCCUGUCACACCAGGUGCACGCAGGUGACAAUGUGACCCUGCGCUGCUCGGUGCAGGUGGGCUCAGCCCCUGUCACCUUCACCUGGCUGCACAACGGGCAGGAGGUGGCCCGGGGUCCCCUCCUGGAGCUCAGGGACAUCGAUGUGGGACAUUCGGGCACCUACCAGUGCGUGGCCACCAACCAGCUGGGACAGGACGGGCACGGCGUGUUCCGGGCACUCAGCCCUGAGCUGGCACUGACGGUGACAACUUGGGGACACAAGGACACAGCAGUGGCUUUGAAUGUCAGCAGGACCCUCCUGUUCCUGCUCCUGCUCCUGGCUGUCAUCGGGGGCUGUCACUGGUGGCACCGCUGGGGUGGGUGA